AUGGCCGACCGCCUGAUCGGCGGGCAACGCGCCAUCUGGUACGGCGGGAUCAUCAUCAUGUGUGGUCAUAUCGUGCUGGCCAUUCCAAGUGACAAGACCUUCUUUAUCGGCCUAAUUCUGGUCGUACUAGGCACAGGCCUGCUUAAGCCAAACAUCGGCGCGCUGGUCGGACAGCUUUACAAGAUGGAAGACCCUCGGCGGGACAGCGGCUAUGCCCUGUACUACAUGGGUAUCAAUAUCGGAUCCUUUAUCGGCUAUAUCGUGUGUGGCUAUUUGGCCGAAAAUGCGGGCUGGCACUGGGCCUUCGGCGCCGCUGCCGUGGGCAUGGCACUUGGACUGAUUCAGUUCCGCCUGACUACCGAUAACCUUAAGGGGAUCGGUGCAGAGCCCACCACAGCCAUGUCAGCGGCUGGAAAUAAAAAAAGCUGGAGCGCCAUCAGUAUCUUCCUGCUCGGUUUAGCGCUUGUGGCCGGACUGAUGCUGAGUGGUGCACUCAGCAUCAACCCAACGGUGCUGGCAAACUACACCGCUUGGGUUUUUGUCGCGAUCUUUAUCGCUUAUUUCGCGGCAAUCUAUCUCACCGGCAACCUCAACAGCACAGAAAAGAAGGGCAUGCUGGCGCUCCUGCUGGUGUGCAUAGCCUCAGCCUGUUUUUGGUCCGGAUUUGAGCAAGCAGGGUCAUCACUGAAUCUCUUCGCUCGCGACUAUACGGACCGUAUGAUUGGCGAUUUCGAAAUUCCAACAGCCUGGUUUCAGUCCGCCAACUCCACUUUCAUUAUCCUUCUGUCACCGUUCUUCGCGGCAUUCUGGAUCUGGCUGGGCAAACGGAUGAUUUCGCCCGCCUACGGUAUUAAGUGCGCGAUUGGUUUAAUCAUAAUGGCAAGUGGUUUCAUCGUAAUGUUCUAUGCCGCGCAAGUGGCCGCAUCGGGCAUGAAAGCAGCACCCUACUGGUUGGUAAUGACGUACUUUGUGCAUACCGUAGGCGAACUCGUACUCAGUCCGAUCGCCCUCAGCGCAGUAAGCAAGCUGUCACCAAAGCGCUUUAUGGGCCAAAUGAUGGGUGUCUUCGUACUGACCUAUUCUAUCGGCAAUAUUAUUGCUGGCAUCUUCGCUGGCAACUUCGAUCCUUCAAACGUCGCCGAAAUGCCAAACCUUUACCUGCAGAUUGUGCUCUUUAGCGUUGCCAUUGGUGCAGUCAUUUUACUUAUCGGGCUAUUUACCAAGAACUGGGAGACCGAAGUUCAAGAGAGCCAGUCGGCCAACGAGAACGCGUAG